UGCCGGAAAUUCAAGAAGAAGAGUUUAUAUGUAUCCGGUGUUAUGUUGUGCCGCCGCUAAACUACCAUCACUCGUCUUUAUAACAGGUUACAGUUUACGUCCACCAUGUCUUGGGUUAAAGCAGCUUUAUUCACUGGGGAUGACGUCUUCGAUGAGAAUGCGGACGAGCUGAAUCUUCAGAGUAAAGAGUGGAUUUCCAACAUGAAGAAGCGCGUCAAGGAUGGCUACGUGGACGGAGCGGAUGCCGGGGAGGAGGCCUCUCUUCAGGUGGGCUUCAACCUGGGCUUCAGGGAAGGAGCAGCUCAGACAGCAGCGGUGGGCAGGCUUAAAGGCAUCGUAAGUGCUAUAUGGUGCUGGUGCCAGAUCCAGUGCUCGGAAAACCCUGUCCCAGCUUCCGUGACUGGGCUUCUACAAGAGGUUUCUCAGCAUGAAGACAAAAUAAUGGACAACCUUCGAAAGGCUCUGGAGCAUCCUCCUCCCAGCAUGAGCGACGUCUCUGAGAGCAUGGAUGAGCUGGAGGUGGAGCCCGCAGAUUCAGACUGUUGUGGUGAGGGGUGUAAAAACACGGGCUGCUGCAGAAGAGGAGAAAACAUGGAUGUAGUUACUCCUCACUCACAUUUUACAUGCACUGACUGCAGCUCAGAGGAAAGUUUAAACCACCUGAUACAGCGCUGCAUAGACGUGGUGUCAGAGCUUGGGCUGCCGCAGGAACUGAUCGAUCAGAUACAGGCGCUGACAAGCACACAGUGACACAAAAUCACAAGGACAACACUUGGAGGCCACAAAUGAACUGUGAAAAUACAGGAAAUGUAGAAUUUUUGAUACAUUGCAAAACAUGUAAUAUUGUUUUUAAAUUUUUUCUAUCUUUAUAAAGUUGUCAAAAAUGGUGGAAGAGAUUUGAAAUUAAAAUCUUUAUUUAUUUGCUGCA